UAAACAUCCGUUUGCGGAAAGCGCUCUACUGGUUGUGCUGGACUGCAAUCGGUCUUCCUCUCGUAAUGCAAGCUUAACGAUUUGAAAGAGUACAGGUAAAGCUGACUUCAGAACAGGUACCACACUUUAAAUGAUUUCAUAGUUUCCGGUUGUGUGUACGGAACUGAAUGCGACGUUGUAGCGCUUAAAUGAGAGUAAUUUCCAGCAUGGUGUCUGAAGGUAGUUCGUUCAUGAAAGGCAUGGUCCUAGGGGGCAUAUUUUGUCUGGUGAUGUCUCUGUUAGGAACCUUCAGUCCAGGACCUCGGGAUAAUGGUCAUCUCCACCAUCAUCUGAAACCUCUUAGCAAAGAUGACCUUCAAAAGUUAUCUGAAACCCAGAUGUCUGACCUCACCCAACUGGUUCGAGUGUACUGUCUCAUCAUGGUCACCCCGAAGCUUCUGCUUCACUGGGCGGCAGCCAAUGACACCUGGAGCAAACACUGCGAUAAAUCUGUGUUUUAUAGCUCAGAGCUUUCUAAAGCUCUACCGGCAUUGAUUCUACAGGAGCGGGAUGAAUGGGCUAGACUACGCAAAGCCAUCACACAUGCCUAUGAGAAUGCCGGAGACCUGCGCUGGUUCUUCGUGGCCCGGCCCACCACUUUUGCAAUUAUUGAAAAUCUCAAGUAUUUGGUACUGGAUAAAGACCCAGGACAGCCCUUUUACAUCGGCCACACUGAAAAGUCUGGAGAGCUCGACUAUGUGGAAUAUGACGGUGGGAUUGUGUUGAGUUAUGAGACAAUGAGACGGCUGGUGGAGGUUUUUAAAGAUGAGGAGAAAUGCCCAGCGCGUAGUAAUGCCUUGUGGAAAAUGUCAGAAGAACAGCAGCUCGCCACAUGUCUGAAAUACACCGGGGUGUUUGCUGAAAAUGGCGAGGAUGCACAAGGGAAAGAACUUUUUAAUAAGAGAAGCAUUGACACUUUGAUUUCUGACAGCAUGAACCAAAACCCAGCUGACGUGGUGGAAGCAUGUUGUUCUGAUGUGGUGAUCACUUUUAACGACAUGAGUCCAGCCCAAAUGCAGGUCAUGAUGUAUGGUGUCUACAGACUUCGGCCGUACGGACACGAAUUUCACGAUUCUUUGACAUUUUUUCCUCCUAAAGACUCAGACAAUGACUGAUAAACUUUCUAUGUUGUGUGGCUGUUACUGUGCCAUACAUAAUUCAAAGAAUAUUGAUUGUAAUGGGUAUUUUUUACACUAGGUGCAGGGCUAAUAAGCUGAGGAUUCUGGUACAUAAGAUGAGGGGUUUCCUGUUUUCUGGCUAAAUCAAAACCUGAUCACUAUUAGCAAAAUCGAAAGGAAAAUGGAUUGCAACAAGUUCAAUUUAAACACGAGGGCCACAAAUUGGCAAUGUUUUGCACAUAGUAGUAUUACUAGUAUGAAAAUUAGUCCUUGAUUUAGGAUUGUUAAAAGGAUCAGAUUUGCACUAUAAUGCAAAGUGAAACAUUUCAGAUGUUGUACAAACUGUACGUGCAAAAUCGUGGAAUGUGCAUUUAAAAAAAUAUAACAUGCAGGAUAAUGUUUAGUGGAAACUAUAUAAUCUGCAUCACUGCUAUUAAUUGUAUGUUUUUCAGUAUUUGACAGGAGCCCAUUGAUCCAGCUGUGUUAUUAUUUGUUGAAAUGUUUGUCUUCUUUUUCUUUUGUUAAGAGUAAUGGCAGGGAGGAAAGUUAAGUGAUUUAAAGUCUUCUGGAAUUGAUGUGAUCGUUAUAAAUGAAUAUCUUAUUGAAUGAUUUUGAGUUUACCUCUUGAUACGGGGGAAAAGGCCAUUUCAACUGAUUCCUUACAGUGUAUGGCAGAAGAGCUUAUUUAUAUAAUCAUUAUUUCUGGUAUUAAAUCAUUUUGUUUUAAGAGGGUAAUCCAAAAAUGUAAAACAUUUGAUUACGUUUUGCAUAUUUAUGAAUAAUUUAGUAGUAUGGCAUCAUAAACUGGUUUGUGUUUCCUUGUCAAAGUUGUACUUCUCAAUACUGUUCCAAAUACUUUUCAGUAAACAUCCAUGUUUAAAUAGUUCAAAGAUGCUCAUU